CAGGUCGCGCCCCGUCCCCCGCCCAGGCAGGGUUUUGGCGGCCCCACCGCCUUCGCCUAGGGGUCUUGCCUGUCGUGGGAGCUGAGCCGGGCUCGGUGGGGGUCUCAAGGGAUGCACGCGGCAGUGGCGGUUCCUGGCGAUGCGGAGGCGUUCCAAGACCUGGAGGAGGCUUCUGUCAGCAGCCGAUCGGCCGCCCCCUGGUGCCCCGCCCUCCCGGCCCGGCCGCGCACCCGGAGCCGCUGCUGCUCGCGGUCCUGUUGCCGCCGACGCCUGGCCUCACUGUGCAGCUCCAGCAGCCGCUGCAGAGCCGUCUCCUGCUGCGCCGCGCUCACGCCCGCAGACCGCCUGUCCCUGCUCGGGGACUCGGGCCACGCGGUCUUCGAGGCUCUGGGGGCCUCGGCACCUUCCCUCCGCCCCCCGAGGGCGCCCGGGAGCCCCAUGGAGCCGCCCAGCUCCUGCUCCGCGGGGCCAGGGCUUCCUCCCGGGCCCCGAAGCGAGUGCGGAUCGCUCAGCAGGCCCGGAUGCCCUGGGAGAGCUGCGGGGCGCUCCCGCUGCUCGGAACCACCAGUGCGUAGGGCCGCCAGCAACACCGCUCCUGGGCGUGGGAGCGGCGGCCGGGCCGGAGGCCCCGGGGGCGUAAGGGGAGCCGGCGCCCCUUCCCGGGCGGGCCCCUGCUCUCUCACGGCCGCUGCGCUCUCUCCUCUCGGGCCACCGGUCUUAACCUGCCUCAGCUGCGUGGUUCUUCCCCGCGGGUGCGCGCCCUCCCUUCCCCCAGGCUGCGGCAUCCGUUCUCCCAGGGGCCUGCAGAAGCCCCCCGGAAUCCCCAGGGAGCCGCCUUCCUCCCGGGGCGGUGUAGGUGCCUCUCCCCGAGCCACCUCCCAGGCUUGUGAGAUACGGCUUCUGCCCUCGGAAGACUGAAGCGUCUUCACUUCCGGGCCCUGAGGAGAAUCCUCGCUCUGCUCCGGGAGGACCUCCUUUCUCCGGCACUUAAGGCGACUUCCGCUUUGACUUCGAGCCUGCUAUGUGCCUGCUUCUCAGGCUUGCCUGCCAGCAGCAGACCCCAUCUUCCUCAUCCUCCCAGCCAAGGACCACCUCCGAGGAACCUGCACACCCUCUUCCUCAAAACCGCCAGGGGAGGCCCAGGAGCAGGAAGGGACUGGUUUCCAGGCUCCUCAGUCCCUCAUAAGGACACCCGCACUUUGUCCUUGUGUGCCUGUCCAGCCCCACAACAUGCACCUGACUUUCCUAUUAUUAAGGCUAAUCCUCUUUAGCUCUUCCUUGGUUUCCGACAGCAAAACCAAAUGAAAUUCAAGAAGUGGAAUUUUAGGCCAGAGGCUAGCCUAAAAACUGCAAGUCUUCAUAAUUAACGAAAGGAAUCUAAAAAAAAGAGAUGAAAUGUCGCUGCUCCUUUGCAGCUGUGGAGGAAGGAGCAUCGUUUUGCAUCCAUAAAACUACUUAGAAGAACCUGAUCUCGUCUUAAAUUGAGAACUCCCACAAGAAAUGCCAUCUUUAUGCAAUAUGGACAUGAGAAUAUUCAUAACGGUAACCAAAUGGGAAUGUUCUCUGUGAAAACAAAUCUGUCUUUUGAAGAGUUCUGAACAAAGAGGUCUGAUAAGACUCCCAAGCCUUCAGAAAUUAUUGCCAUGAACUGUGAAAAUAACCUCCAACCCUGUCCCUCUGUAAUUCUGAUCUGUUGUCUUACUAGAUCAUUUAUUUCACUGGUUAUAAUGUUGUGAUAGAUGUCUCCCAUCAAUGUAUUCCCAAGAGAUAAUAUACUUGUAAAAAUUUUUCUGUCAAUCAGAAAAUAAUCAUCGGCACUUUCCUCCUCUCUC